AUGAUCGAGAAAGUUCAAGCGAAACUGGCGAAGAAGGGCUCGGGUUUCUCGGCCAGUGGAUGCUUAGAUGUUCGACAAUGCCACUGGAAGGACGUCUUGCAAGAAGUAAACGAGACUGCAAGGCGAUGGUCAAGCGCGCCAAAUCGAGCAUCUCAAACGAUGCUUUAUAUUGAUAAACUUGGUAGAAACUCUGCUGUCUUUGAAAGUUGGCUGCAGCUUCUCCCGGCCGGGGAUUACGGGUCAAGCCUACGUGCUUUUAGUAUAUGCGGCGUUUUCAAGAUUGCGAUUGGGGCGGCAGGUCAAUAUGUCAAAGUUGAGGAAGCUAUUUUUGGCGCACUCGCAGAGAUUCCAGAGAUCAUCCAGGGCGCUCAAACUUACGUCAAAGUAUAUUCAGACCGUCGACCUCAAGCAUUGGAGAAGAAGACUUUCGAUUUGUUUCUUGCGAUUCUAAGGUCUCUUACACACAUCAUGCAGUUCUUUGCAGAAGGAUCAAUUAGAAAAUCAUUUGAGUCCGUAUUCAAACAGGCAGAGUACAAGUCUGCGUUACUCAAAAGCAUAGACGAGAUUAGAAAACAAGCAUCUCGGAUCAAAGACGAAGCACAGCAAUGUCUGGCAUGGGCAGUGAAGGAGCAAAGUUUGGUCGUGAAAUCAAUGGAUACCAAGAUGAAUAGAAUCGAAUCAGUGGACAACAAAAUCGAUAGAAUUCUAGGCUCACUCCAGAGAUUACUAGAGCAGCGGAUGCCUAUUCCAAUCACACAAAACGCGAACCAAGAACCCGUUAUUGAACAACUAGAAAUGCUGAAAAGGCUUCACCCCCAACUACAACAAAGCACAUCUAAACAGAUUCCGUGCUUGGGAUCGAUUUCAAAAUCGAUCGAAGCAAAAUCUUACCAGGAACAAGAGAAGACAUCGACAGAGACCGCAUUGAAGUUGCUCAAGAUCAUUGAAUAUGACCCUGGAGCUAUCCAAAAGGACAUCGAGAGUUGCGUUCAGCUCGAAUUGCGACUUGAUGAGCAACAAAAAUCCCUAGCGGCCGCAAUGGUGCGGCAUAGCGGAUACAGGGCUCAUAUGGCUGAAUCAAGGUGUUCCACGGCGCUACUAGUCAAUGGUCGAGCUGACUUAGCAUCUGCAGACAGCCUUUCCCCGUUGACGCUGGUGGCGGGCACGUUAGCACAAGCUUCCAGAGAUGAAGAUUCAGUUUUCGUCCUCUGCUACUUCUGCAAUAACCACAGACCAGAUUUCAUGCCGUCCAUCGCUGCAUCGUCAAUUGGACUUUUAUCCAGUCUUGUCGGACAGCUCAUCCAGCAAAUGCUGAGCAGGGGCAUGGCUAUAGAUCUAUCAUCUCUAGAGCCUCAUGAGUGGAAGAAAAUCCAGGGUCUGGAGCUUGAUGUCUUAUGGAAGGCCUUUCGGAAGCUCACAUCGCAGCUACCUAGCGGCAGUGUCUUGAUUUGCAUUAUUGAUGAAAUUAGUCGAUUCGAGACGGCAAGCCUUUCCGAGGACACGGAUCGGCUGGCCAGACGGCUUACUAGGCUUGUUCGAAACAGUGACAGCAUUGUCUUCAAGUUGCUAUUCACAUGUCAUGGUCGAGCAUUGGGGGUAUCCCAAUACUUCACGGCCCAUACGAUUGAUCUGAGAGAGGAUACUGAGCCAGAUGACUCAUCAGGCUGGUGGAUCAAAAUGGGGACUUCCAAUACACUUGGGUGA